AUGAGACACGCUGUGCAGAGGCGCGGAAGCCUCUCUGCCAGCGUGAAAAUCGGGGACUGUCGGAAGUGCCACAGGACUCCCACAGAUGCGGACACCUUCAUCCCCUUCUCUCAGGAAAAGCUGGUCAAGCCGUGGCAUUCCGUGCACGACUUGGCCGACCGGACCCGAGGCAGCAGGGGGAUCCCGCACCGACGGAGCCCGUCUUUCUUGACCCUCAACGUUGGAGGAGAGUGUUUCCGCAUGGCUUGUAGGGCGGCCGCCAAGUACCCCAUCACCAGGAUUGGGCGACUGGCCACCUGCGCAGAUCCCGCGAAGAGGCUGGAACUGUGCGACGACUACUGUGUGCUGACGAGCGAGUAUUUCUUUGACCGCAACCCCCUGACCUUCCACUACGUGUUCCGCUUCUAUCACAGCGGCGUCCUGUGGGUCGUGGGCGAGCUGUGUCCAGCCAGCUUCCUGGAGGAGAUUGAGUAUUGGGGCAUCCCCCUGAAAUACGCCCAGCGGUGCUGCCGGGUCCUCUUGGAAGAGAAGCAGGACGAGAUGGCUGAGCACCUGAAGAUCCAGCUGGAGCUGCGGGCUGAACUGGAGUCCGUUGAGAGGGAAGAACAUUUUGAGGGCAAGUUUCUGGGCCAGUUCCGGAAGGCGGUCUGGAGUUUGAUCGAGAACCCCUACUCCUCGGUCCUGGCUAAAGUUACCGCCAUCUUGUCCAGCUUCUUCGUCCUCCUGUCCAUUGUGGGGAUGACGCUCAGCACAGUGGAGGAGAUGCAGCACCAGAGCAGCAAGCGGUGCAUGGGGCUCCUGGAGACCGUGUGUGCCGUCUUCUUCACUCUGGAGUACCUCAUGCGGCUGGUCUCCUCCUCCACCCCGCGGCAGUUCUUCCGGGCAGCCUUCAGUGCUGUGGACUUGGUAGCCAUCCUGCCCUUCUACGUCCAGGUCUUCUUUGAGUUCCUGGGCGAGGGGGACUCUGAGGAUCAUGAGGAACUCCAUAAGAUGCAGAACGUUGGGAAGCUGGGGAAGAUCCUCAAGCUGAUAAAACUCCUGCGCAUCUUCCGCAUCCUCAAGCUGGCCCGGCACUCCACCGGGCUGAGGGCCUUCGGCUUCACCCUCCGGCAGUGCUGCCAGCCCGUCUGCUGCCUCCUCCUCUUCAUCGCCAUGGGUGUCUUCACCUUCUCCGCCCUCAUGCACUCCGUCGAGCACGACGUCCCUGGCACCAACUUCACCAGCAUCCCUGAUGCCUGGUGGUGGGCAGCAGUAAGCCUCUCCACGGUGGGCUACGGGGACACAGUGCCAGACACGCUUCUGGGCAGGAUGGUCGCCUUCGGAUGCAUCGCCUUCGGCAUCAUCCUCAACGGGAUGCCCAUCUCCAUCCUGUACAACAGGUUCUCUGACUAUUACGCCAAGCUCAAGUCUCACGAGGACAAGGCCAUGGUGGCCCUCAAGCGCUCCAGGGAACACGGCCUGAGCAGGAGGGUCUGGAGGAAAUUUGGCAAAUGCUGUGGCCCGGACAGCUCCCUGGGCAGCCAGCCCGCCUUGCCCCCGGGUUCAGACCAAGGCUGCGCUCCCCGCCAAUAG